AUGAAGUUCUACCUGGCCCUAUUCACUCUCUUUGCCCUGCUUUCCGUCGUUCUCGCUAACGAGUCGGCUCAGCGUGACACCAACGAUGUGUGCUACCUGUGUGCCAAGUCGUACGUCGACUGCUUCAUGCGUUUCGGCCUGGCUGGCUGCACUGACAAGAGUGCUGAGCACUACACCUACUGCCGUGAGUGCACCGGUAUCGACCCUGUGUGGUAA